CCCUUCUUCCUCUUGCUUCCUUCAUGCAGCUGCAAAUUAGCUUUCUCUCCCGUCGGAGUCAAAGAUCGGCCGUUACUCCUCCACUUUCAUCCUCCGCGAGGAGCUAAGCUCGAGGCGACGCCUCUCGGUCGGCGCCAUAACAGCUCUUCUCGUCUCUGCUCGCUGAGAUCGACACUUCAGCCGCGACUCCUUCCGCUUCAAUGAAAUAGGCCUCUUCCCAGGGCUCUCGCCAUGCCCUCAUCUCCCAAGUUCUUCCACCAGAGCCGUCCUUUGCCGCGCAGAUCUACGGUCCUGAUCUUGGGCUGUUGCCUCCUGAUCGGGCUAUCCGGAUUCGUGUUCGGCCUCAUCGCCAUCCUCAGGCCGGGCAAGUGCUCCGUCCGCGAGCCGCGAUCGGUUCGAGUCGUUUGGGAGAAAGAGGGCAGCGGGGACGGCUCAAAUUCUGCUGGAGAUGGAGUUCGAAGUGCUAACCGUCAUAAAGUCAUGGGCUUUGUGGGGAUUCAGACCGGUUUCGGAUCGGCCGGUCGCCGGAGAUCCCUGCGCCAGACUUGGAUGCCGUCCGGGCGGCAAGGGCUCCAACGGUUGGAGGAAGCCACUGGUUUGGCAUUCAGGUUUGUGAUUGGCAAAACUAAAGAUCAGUCGAAGAUGUCGGAGCUUAGGAGGGAAGUGGCAGAGUAUGACGACUUUUUGUUACUGGACAUUGAAGAGGAAUACAGUAUGCUUCCUUAUAAAACGCUAGCUUUCUUCAAAGCUGCAUAUGCACUUUAUGAUUCCGAGUUUUAUGUCAAAGCAGACGAUGACAUAUAUCUAAGACCUGAUCGGCUUUCAUUGCUCUUGGCAAAGGAACGGAGUCAUACCCAAUCUUACAUUGGGUGCAUGAAAAAGGGGCAAGUUUUCACCAACCCAAAGCUUAAAUGGUAUGAGCCGUUGCACUAUUUGCUUGGCAGCGAGUACUUCCUCCAUGCGUAUGGUCCGUUAUAUGCUCUUUCAGCUGAUGUUGUUGCAGGCUUGGUUGCUCUUCGAAACAAUAGUUUCCGGAUGUUCAGCAAUGAGGAUGUUACAAUUGGGUCAUGGAUGCUUGCCAUGAAUGUACAUCAUGAGAACAAUCAAAUGCUUUGUGAAUCAGAUUGCACUCCAUCCUUUAUUGCUGUUUGGGAUAUUCCAAAGUGUUCAGGGCUCUGUGAUCCAGAAAAGCGGUUGGUGGAACUUCAUCAAAAGGAAAGCUGCUCAAGAAGCCCUACUAUGCCGUCUGAUGAUGAAUAGCCAGGUUCUUCGGCCGCUCGUUUGUGAAUAAGUGUCGUUGGACUCCACAUGUCAUGUAAUUUGUGGAUCCUCAUUAAAUUCAUCUCCUUUUUUCCCUUUAACUUGUGUAGAAAGUCGAACAGAUACAUUGAUACUAGACAG